AUGCCUGCAGAGAGGCGAUCAGUAAGAGGCAGAUCUGCAGUAGGUCGCUUUCCAUCUGUCACUCUUGGAUUUGGGGAGGACACAGAGGAAGAAAAAGAAGAGCCAAAGGAAAACAAUGUUAAAAAAGGAAAUGCAUGCCAGGAGUGGCUGCGUAAGGUCUGCCCAUGCUGCUGUCCCAAGCAUGAUGAUGUCACAGACACUGAGGUCACGCGGGUUGAUGAGCCGAGUAAGGAGGACGGGGGAAACGGUGAGAAACCUGUGCCUGGUGACAAAGAGCUUGACGAAGUCCUUCUCAAGGUGAAGUCAAUAGACCUCCUGAAAAGCAAAUCAGGGGAGAAUCGCACAGAGCAUCACACUCAUCUCUACCAAAGUGAUAAUUUAAUCAUCCGCAGGGGGCAGAGUUUCGAGAUGUGGAUAACCUUGUCUCGACCUUUCAACCCCACCUCCGAUGAGCUUCAUCUCGACCUUAAAACAGGUCCAUUGGCAGUAGUGGCAAAGGGAACUCAUGUAAUCAUCCCACUGGUGGCGAAGCUGGAGGGUGAUCGCUGGGAGGCUGUUGUUGUGAAACAGGAGGACAAAAAGAUAAAACUGUUGGUGAAUUCUCCAGCCACAGCCGUCAUUGGCCGAUAUCAACUCACAGUGGAAACAAAUAAUCAAAAUGGAUCGGCCAGUUCCACACAUGACCCUACCAAUGACAUCUACAUAUUGUUUAACCCCUGGUGUCAAGAUGACAUUGUGUACAUGGAUUCUGAAGAUGAAAGGCAAGAGUACAUCCUAAAUGACACUGGACGAAUCUACUAUGGCACAAAGGAUCAAAUUGGAGCGAGGACAUGGAACUACGGACAGUUUAAUGACGGGAUUCUGGCUGCUUGCCUCUUUGUCAUGGAAAAGAGUGGAACUUCUCCAUCUGGUUGGGGUGACCCAAUUAAUGUGGUGCGAAUCAUCUCAGCAAUGGUAAACUCCCCUGAUGACCAAGGUGUUUUGGAGGGAAACUGGUCAGGAGAUUAUUCGAACGGAACUUCUCCAACUGUGUGGAGUGGAAGUGUAGAAAUCCUCAAGGAAUACCAUAAAAAGAAUGGAACCCCUGUUAAAUAUGGCCAAUGCUGGGUCUUUGCUGGUGUAGUCACUACAGUUUUACGGUGUUUAGGCAUUCCCACCCGAACUGUGACCAACUUCAGCUCAGCACAUGACACAGAUGUUUCACUGACAACAGAUGUGUACCUGGAUGAGAACCUGGAGCCUAUAGAGUACCUCAAUGUAGACUCAAUCUGGAACUUCCAUGUGUGGAAUGACUGCUGGAUGGCUCGUGAGGACUUACCUCCUGGCAACGGAGGAUGGCAGGCUGUCGACGCCACGCCUCAAGAGACCAGCCAGGGCACCUAUUGCUGUGGCCCUGCUUCUCUCGCCGCUGUGCGCUAUGGUCAGGUCUUCCUGAAACAUGACACAUCUUUUGUGUUUGCUGAGGUGAACAGUGAUAAAAUCUACUGGCAGAAGAAUGCAGAUGGGACCUUCACUCAAAUAUACAGUGAGAAAAAGAUUGUGGGCAUCUCCAUCAGCACCAAAGCAGUUGGCUCUGAUGAACGCAGUGAUAUCACCCACCUUUACAAACAUCCUGAAGGCUCAGAUGAGGAACGCAUUGCUGUGGAAACAGCAUGUAGCUAUGGCUCCAAAGCAAAAGCUUAUUCGUCUCCUACAGCUCAGGAUGUCUCUUUAGAAGUUACGCUAGAUGGUGAAGGUCCUAAAAUGGGUAAAGAUGCAGAGCUGACGAUCACGUUGAAAAACAGCAGUUCACAGCAACGCAGUGUCAGUCUGCACAGCCAGGUGUCAGUCAUGUACUACACCGGUGUCUACAAAGCUACAGUCAGAACGGACACGACAGAUAUAGAAGUACUUCCUAAUGAGGAAAAGAUUCUGGAGUGGGCCCUGGAAUACAAAGACUACAAGGACAAAUUGAUGGGUCAGGCUGCCCUGAUGCUUACAGUAUCAGGCAGGGUCAAAGAAACACAGCAGAUCCUUGCUACUCAGUUCAGUUUCCGACUCAGAACACCAGACCUCAUCAUAAAGCCACUGGGGAAGGCUGUGGUAGGAGAGAAGAUGUCAGUAGAGAUUUCAUUUACUAAUCCACUGCCACAAGCGCUGAAAGCAGUGAUAUUCCAUGUGGAAGGACUUGGCCUUCUGACUGCUCGAAAGAUAAAUUAUGGAGAUAUUGGCAGCCACGCUUCUGUGUCUCUCACUGAGCAAUUCAUCCCCACCCUUUCUGGAACGAGAAAAUUACUAGCUUCACUGGACUGUAAGCAGCUCACGCAGGUUCAUGGUGUGAGUGACAUCACUGUGGAGGAGAAAAGCAACGCCCCUCUAUAGUGAUUAGAAAAUAGAGCCACUUUGAGGCUGAAUGCUGACAGUUAUUUCCCUUAUAUAGGCACCGAUUGUGUCUUUUUUUCUGCUUUUUGCCUUCUAUAUGAUAAGCCAGUAUUUAUUUUCACAAAGCACAGUACUGAUUUAUUUUUGCAGUAGAGUAUUGAAAUUACUUAUAACCACCCGUAACCAUGAAAUAUUUGAUAACAUGGUGGCAUUUAUGGGCUGUUACAGAGAAUAGACUGUUUCUACAAUAUGAAAACCAGUAUUAAACUGCAUAAAAAUUUCUUUACAUCUUAAUGUACUCUUGCAACAUGCUUCUACAAUACAGUGAACAAGGCAGCAUCCAUAAAACCUCUUUGGAACAUGUUUGCUCUUGCAAAGGUGUCCCUGUGGAACCAGAAUAAAGUUUUUAUCAUGACUUUUUAUGAAAUCUUAUGUAAGCAUUGUAAUGUCAUCAUUAUGCUCUGACAGCCGAUCAAGCACUAUAGCUAGCACUGACAUGUAUUGAUGUAUUGAACUAAACUGACAAUUACUCACAUUUCCUCAUCUUCUAUGCUUCUAGACUUGCAAAAAACAAAAUAGAAGAAGUAUUGAACAUUAUUCUAAACCAACCAGUGCUCCUCACAUUUUCUUGGAAUAUGCAAAAACUAUGUAUAUGAAAGUAUGCGCUUACUAUGAUUAGGAAACAGUCUGGGGACUCACAGUACAUUCUGAAGUUGGACCAUCUGCCGGCUUUAAUGGAAGAGAUGUGCUUAUGUAAAGACUGGCUUAAUAUUUAUGUCUUUGAUUCUAUUUUUAUAUAUAUGAUAUAUUUAUUUUGUUUAUUAUGCAAUGCCAAAAGAAUAAUUUAAAUAUCAAAUCACUACUUAAAUGCUAUUAUAUUAA